ACCCUCGAGUUGUUUCCCACUCAUCUCCAACCCACCCCCCCAUCUCGUCAACCAAACACCCCUUUACGCACUCAAUGACACUGCUUUGUUACCUUAGCCUCACAAAUCUGAAACAUAAUAUUAGAUUCAUCUCAGGCAACCAACCUGUCUCCUGUUUGAUCCACUGAAACACACCACUUUUCUUUUAAGUAAACCACCACUGUACUCCCCCCCUCCCUCCAUCCCCUUCUUUAUUCUCCCUUCCUUCUCUUCUAGAGUUCUAGAUUCGAGAUCUCUCUCUCUCUCUCCCUCUCCCCAAAAAAAAAAAAUCUUUUCUUAAACCCUAAUUUAACUCCAUCAUCAUCUCCCCAGAUCAUGCUAAUUAAGCUGCUGCUGCUGCUCCACUGCUUCCAACUUCAAUUCUGAGUGGUAAAUGAUGGCAUUAACUGGAGAGGAUAAGGAGAUAAGAAUGUCAGACUCGCUGGCCGGCUACAACCCGCUUGAGGAUUUGGAUCAGGCGCAGGCGGCGCAGGAUCUUCAGCACGGCGGCCACGAGAACAAGUACGCCGGUGCAACCAAUAUUUCCCCCGCCGCCGCCGGAGGCGGCGGCGGGGUAUUUAAGUCCAAGCUGAGCACCACCGCGGGAGCGCCGAGGGCAAGGUACCGGGAAUGUCUUAAGAACCAUGCGGCAAGCAUCGGAGGGAACGUGACGGACGGGUGCGGCGAGUUCAUGCCCAGCGGCGAAGAGGGGACGCUGGAAGCGUUGAAGUGCGCCGCCUGUAACUGCCACCGGAACUUCCACCGCAAAGAACGCGGCGGCGGCGGCGGAGAUGGUAUCAUAGUGGUGCACCCGCUUCAACUCCCGGGUGGUCCGCCUAUGCCCUCCCCGUCAUCCAUCAACCACCACCGGAAUACCCCCUGGGGUGCCCCCACCUCCCUCGCCGCCCAGCCGGUGAAAAUGGCCUUCGGCAGCGGCGGCGGCAGCGCCGCCACAGACUCCUCCAGUGAAGAGCUGAAUUUCAACGCCUACCAUUCCUCCUCCGCCAUUCCUUCCCAGUCCGGAUUGAUUCUGGCCAAGAAACGAUACCGAACAAAGUUCUCGCAAGAACAGAAAGACAAGAUGUUGGAGUUCGCGGAGAAGUUAGGGUGGAGAAUCCCCAGAGAAGACGACACUCAACUGCAAACAUUCUGCGCCGAGGUCGGAGUGAAGAGACAAGUUUUUAAGGUUUGGAUGCAUAACAACAAAAAUUCCGCCAAGAAGAACACUCCCCAACAAGAACAAGAUCAUCAACAACCACCUGGUAUUGCCGGAAUUUAAUCAAUUCGCCUCUUAAUUGCUUCCAUAAUCCUAUUAAUAGGUGCAAAUCAUCAUUGAUCAUUAGUUCAUGGUGGGCAGGCCAGCUUUCAUGAUAUAUAUAAAUAUAUAUAUGUAUGUAACAUUCGUAGAAUGCAUGCAUGAGAUGUUUGUUUAAUUAAUUAUGCACAAUUCUUGCCAUCUAUAUUUCCUUGAAAUUAAAGCUGCACCUUCUUACAUCUUAA